UUCUGCGGGAGGCGACAGCCCGCGCUGAGCGCCGCGUCGUGUCUCGGCGCCAGGCGCUCGCAUCACCUCCCGCGCGGACGGGCCUCGGAGGUUGUCCCAAUGAGGAGGCCCCGAGGCUCAGCCCGGGCGUCCAGCGGCCAACGCGACUGUCCGGCAGCCGGCAGGGUGUCGGAUUCGUCCCCAGAACCAUUCCCAGGCGGAUUCCGUGUGCCUUCUCCAACAACCAGCGGGGGCGCAGGCGACUCCGCCCGGGGACCGCUCGCCGCCCUCCGGGCGCGGGCGAAGAACGGCCUCCGGUCGGCGCUCCGCGGAACGUUCCUGUCGGCGGCUCGUGUUCCCGUCCGGGCGGCCAGGCGCGCGGGCCGGGAGGGGGACACUUUCUGGAGCGGACCGCGAGCGGAGGCUGCGAGCGCCGCUGCCGGAGGAGACCGACGCUCGGCCCGAGCCAGCCCGCGACCUCGGGGCCUCACCGACCGCCUCCCGCCUCAGCCGCCCCAGUCCUGCCGUCGCCGCCGCCUAGGCGGGCGCCGCGGACCGUGCGGCCCCUGGCCCUGCCCGGCCUGGCGCGGCCCGGAGCCGCGGCGCGGUAGGCUGGGAGUGUCUGCUGUCACUUGGAGUGGUGUCUCCUAGAACAGGAGGAAUAAGAUUGAGAUGAUAGUUCUUGAAGAAAUUUUUGUUGAGCUGAACAGAAUGUUUGGAGGUGCUAGUCUCUAGAAUGUCUAGAAGGAGACCUUCCAGAGACCACCUGUCUAGAAGGAGACCUUCCAGAGACCACCAGAACCUCCACAAUGGACCCCUGCAGUGGACCAUGAGUUGGUAAUGCCCUCUGAGCACCUCUGGGAGCCAUGUCGGACGAAUCCGCCUCAGGGAGCGACCCAGACCUGGAGCCGGACGUGGAGCUGGAGGAUGCGGAAGAGGAGGAGGAGGAGGAGGAGGUGGCAGUGGAGGAGUGCGGCAGGGACGGCGAGGAAGACCUGCUGGGUGACCCCUCCUUGGAAGACAUGUGUGGCACUGCGUGUGCCCAGCCAGGGGACGAUGGGCCGCCACCACCGCGGUGCCCUUCAACUACCUCAUCUCAGUCUGAGCCUUCGGAGCAGCUCAGGUGUCACCCAGGCAAGAGCCUUGCCUCCGAGGACCCCAAAAAGAAGAGAGCUCAGAAGCCGUCCCACAUGAGAAGGAACAUACGGAAGCUGCUCCGGGAGGACCAGUUGGAGCCAGUUACGAAAGCAGCGCAGCAGGAGGAGCUGGAAAGAAGGAAGCGCCUGGAGCAGCAGAGGAAGGAUUACGCAGCCCCCAUUCCCACCGUGCCCCUGGAGCUCCUUCCCGAGGAAGUUGUCUUCAGAGCAAGCGACGGUCCCCAGCUGCCCCCUCGGGGCCUGGCCCAGGAAGUCAUUUGUUUGGACAGCAGCAGCGGCAGUGAGGAUGAGGAAGGGAGUCGGGACGAGGUGAUUGAGCUGAGCUCCGGGGAGGAGGACACGUUGCACAUUGUGGACAGCAGCGAGUCGGUCAGCGAGGAGGAGGAGGAGGAGGAGAAGGGCGGCACCCAUGUGAACGACGUCUUGAACCAGCGAGACGCCCUGGGGCGGGUCCUGGUCAACCUGAACCACCCCCCGGAGGAGGAGAACGUCUUCCUGGCCCCGCAGCUGGCCCGGGCAGUGAAACCUCAUCAGAUUGGCGGGAUCCGGUUCCUGUAUGAUAACCUGGUGGAGUCCCUGGAGAGGUUUAAGACCAGUAGUGGCUUUGGCUGUAUCCUGGCGCACAGCAUGGGUCUCGGGAAAACUUUGCAGGUGAUCUCCUUCAUCGAUGUUCUCUUCCGCCACACUCCAGCCAAAACUGUCCUUGCCAUUGUGCCGGUUAAUACUCUUCAGAAUUGGCUGGCAGAGUUCAACAUGUGGCUCCCAGCUCUGGAAGCCCUUCCAGCUGACAAUAAGCCUGAGGAGGUGCAGCCUCGGUUCUUCAGAGUUCACAUCUUGAAUGAUGAGCACAAGACAAUGGCAGCUCGUGCCAGAGUGAUGGCUGACUGGGUGUCAGAGGGUGGAGUGCUGCUGCUGGGGUAUGAAAUGUACAGGCUCCUCACCCUGAAGAGGUCCUUUGCGACAGGCAGAGCGAAGAAAAGCAAGAAACGCUCUCAGCCAGUCAUCAUUGAUCUGGAUGAGGAAGACCGACAGCAGGAGUUCCGGAGAGAGUUUGAGAAGGCAUUAUGCCGCCCUGGCCCUGAUGUGGUGAUCUGUGACGAGGGACAUCGCAUCAAGAACUGUCAGGCCAGCACCUCGCAGGCCCUGAAGAGCAUCCGCUCCCGCCGCCGGGUGGUGCUGACUGGGUACCCCUUGCAGAACAACCUCAUCGAGUACUGGUGUAUGGUGGACUUUGUGCGCCCAGACUUCCUGGGCACGCGGCAGGAGUUCAGCAACAUGUUUGAGCGCCCCAUCCUCAACGGGCAGUGUAUCGACAGCACGCCGCAGGAUGUCCGCCUCAUGCGGUAUCGGAGCCAUGUCCUGCACAGCCUCCUCGAGGGCUUUGUGCAGAGGAGAGGCCACACUGUGCUGAAGAUUCAUCUCCCUGCCAAGGAAGAAAAUGUGAUCCUGGUGCGGCUCUCCAAGAUCCAGCGAGACUUGUACACACAGUUCAUGGACCGCUUCCGGGACUGUGGUAGCAGCGGCUGGCUGGGGCUGAACCCCCUCAAGGCAUUUUGUGUGUGUUGCAAGAUCUGGAAUCACCCUGAUGUGCUGUAUGAAGCCCUUCAGAAGGAGAGCCUGGCCAACGAGCAUGACCUAGAUGUGGAGGAGCUCGGCUCAGCAGGGGCCAGUGCCCGCUGCCCGCCUCUGGGAGCCAGAGGCAAGGGGGAUGACAGCACCUUGGCCCCCUCCGUGGGUGAGGCGACCAACAGCAAGUUCCUACAAGGAGUCGGCUUCAACCCUUUCCAGGAGCGGGGCAACAACAUCAUCACGUAUGAGUGGGCCAAGGACCUUUUGACUAAUUACCAAACUGGAGUUUUGGAGAACUCUCCCAAGAUGGUAUUGCUUUUCCACCUGAUUGAGGAAAGCGUGAAGCUUGGUGACAAGAUUCUUGUGUUCAGCCAGAGCCUUUCCACCUUGGCUCUCAUCGAGGAGUUCCUGGGGAAGCGGGAAGUGCCCUGUCCACCAGGCGCCGAGGGGCAAGGGGCACAGAAGUGGGUUCGAAACGUCAGCUACUUCCGGCUGGAUGGCAGCACCCCCGCCUUUGAAAGGGAGCGGCUCAUCAAUCAGUUCAAUGACCCCAGCAGCCUCAGCACCUGGCUGUUCCUCCUGUCCACAAGGGCUGGGUGCUUGGGCGUGAAUUUGAUUGGUGCAAACCGAGUGGUGGUGUUUGAUGCUUCCUGGAACCCUUGCCAUGAUGCCCAGGCAGUGUGUCGGGUAUAUCGCUAUGGCCAGAAAAAGCCCUGCCACAUCUAUCGCCUUGUAGCCGAUUUCACGCUCGAAAAGAAGAUCUAUGACCGUCAGAUUUCCAAGCAGGGCAUGUCAGAUCGGGUGGUGGAUGAUCUCAAUCCAGUGCUGAACUUCACCCGGAAAGAGGUGGAGAACUUGCUGCACUUUGUGGAGAAGGAGCCAGCUCCCCAAGGGUCCUUGAACAUGAAGGGGAUCAAGGAGCCAGUCCUGCAACUCGCUUGCCUGAAGUACCCUCACCUCAUCACCAAGGAGCCUUUUGAGCAUGAGUCAUUGCUCCUUAACCGGAAGGAUCACAAGCUGACCAAAGCUGAGAAAAAGGCAGCAAAGAAAAGCUAUGAGGAGGACAAACGCACCUCAAUCCCAUACACCCGCCCGUCUUAUGCGCAGUAUUACCCCGCCAGCGACCAGAGCCUGACCAGCAUCCCCACCUUCAGUCAGAGAAACUGGCAGUCUGCACUGAAGAGCGAUGAGAAGCCCGUGGCCAGUGUUCGUCCCGUCCAGUCCACCCCCAUCCCCAUGAUGCCCAGGCAUGUCUCCCUGGGAGGCAGUGUGAGUUCUGCCCCCAGCACAAAUCCAGCCAUGAACUUCCCGAUCAACUACCUGCAGCGUGCCGGCGUCCUCGUGCAGAAGGUGGUCACCACGACAGAUAUUGUUAUUCCCGGACUCAACAGCACCACGGAUGUGCAGGCAAGGAUUAACGCUGGGGAGAGCGUCCACAUCAUCCGUGGGACGAAAGGGACGUACAUCCGCACCAGUGACGGGCGGAUCUUUGCUGUCCGGGCAACUGGCAAACCAAAGGCCCCUGGAGAUGGCCGGACAGCUGCCUCAGGUUCCCAGGGGUCUUCUCUUGAGUCCACAAGCAACGGCAGACACAGUGCCUCAUCACCCCAAGGCCCGGACCCUGAGGGGCUGGCCAGGCCGGUCUCUCCAGACAGCCCUGAGAUCAUCAGUGAGCUCCAGCAGUACGCAGACGUGGCUGCCGCCCGGGAAUCCUGUCAGAGCUCCCCAAGCUGCAGUGCCGCCCUGCCUGGCCCCCCAGCCCAACUUGUGGGCAGCAGUGCUGUUCCUGGGGCAGCUCUCGGGCCCGAGCCUCGACAUGGGGGUCGUUGCCUCAAUAGCUCCCUCUUGGUGACUGGCCCUCCCUGUGGUGACAGGCACCCAGUGUUGGACCUAAGGGGCCACAAGCGGAAGUCAGCCACACCACCUGCUGCCCAGGAGUCAGCCCGCCGGCGGUCCAGGAAAGGCCACCUCCCAGCCCCCAUGCAGCCGUACGAACACGGGUAUCCAGUUUCUGGCGGGUUUGCCAUGCCACCCGUCUCCUUAAACCACAACCUCACAGCCCCUUUCACCUCCCAGGCCGGGGACAACUCCCUGUUUAUGGGCAGUACCCCCUCCUACUACCAGCUGUCCAAUUUGCUGGCAGAUGCCCGCCUGGUGUUUCCAGUGACUACUGACCCUCUGGGGCCAGCAGGCCCCGUCAGUUCCCCCUCCACAGCUACCUCAGUCACUGCCAGCAGCCCUUCCCUCACGCUCAGCUCCUCUGUGCCAGGGUUACUGCCCAGUUACCCACUCCCCUUCCCACAGCCCCUCCUGUCCGAGCCCAGGAUGUUUGCGCCUUUUCCUUCUCCCGUCUUACCCAGCAACCUUCCUCGGGGCCUGUCUGCCUACCCAGGCUACGUGUCCCCACACACAGGCUACCCGGCUGGCAGCCUCCUUCGCUCCCAGGUGCCUCCAUUUGACCCUCAUGAGGUUGCCGAGGUGGGCUUCAGCUCCAAUGAUGACGAGGACAAGGACGAUGAUGUGAUAGAGGUCACUGGGAAAUAGCCGGGGAGCCCCUUUCCGCCUCCCUCGGGGCCUCAGCAGGCUGCCCACCAGGCUGAAGGGCAGCGCUCUGGGCCUUCUGAGGAUAGGGCACCUGGCAGAAGGGAGAGGAAGAGGGCAGGGAAAGGUGGUUGACCAUAGUGGCAAGGUUCUGUUGCUGUUUAACAGAAGAGGCAAAAAACCCCAGAGAGCAGCAAUAGCGGGAAACCAGGGACCCGGAGCGGGAGCGGAGGGGCAGGCAGCCUGCCUCUCCUCCUGCCCGUCUUGCUUAUGCUCUUUGCUUGCUUGCCCGCCCGCCCGAGUGCAGAGGCUCACACCCCGUUUCUGUCUUUGGGAACACUCUCUCCUGAGAGAGCUGCCUUACUGGGUGACUUAGCUUGGCCUGGAGAGGGGAGGGGAGGGCAGGCGGGUGGGCAGGGAGAGCAGGCAAAGGAGACCAGGUAUGUGUGUGUGCGCGCGUGUGUGUCUACAUAUGUAUGUACAUGUGUGUAACAGCAGGGGUGAUGGGGGGGGAAGGAGGGAGGGAGGGACCAAGGGGGAAACUAAAAAAUGAAUUUAUCUUUUUAAAAAUAGAAAUCAGAGUGUGGUGGUUCAUGGCAACUGUUAGUGUGAACACCAGGAUGAGCGCAGGAGAAGAGCCAUGGAAACCACAGGUUUCCUUCUAGUUGGGUGAAGAGAAGCCCAGCUAACCCCAGUCCCUGGUCUGCAGAGCCAGCCUGUUUUAGACUUUGGGGGGAGAUAGUGAGAGAAGAGGGGGCACCGCCAACCUGUCUCCUUCCCCGGCGGCUGUCUCUGAGCAGGUCUCCCUGGGGGGGUGCGGUUGCACGUGCGCAGGGGCUGGGAGGAGGGGCGCUGCACCGGGUGAGGCUGUGGAGCCGCGGCCAGAAGAGACUUUCUUCACGAGGACAGACUGAGCCCCAGCUGCCCGUCCUGGUGGCCUUGCCUUCCCCGCUAGAUCGCUCCAUGUUAAUUUAUUUCUUAUGGGCAAUUAUUUAUUAUUUGGACUUUCCACGUGUCUUGUUUUGGGGGUGGGGUGGGAGGGGAGGUUAGGGGUAAGGAGGGUAAGAGAUGCGAAGGGGAGUUGUAAGAUAUCCCAGACCCCAUAGCUGCUAGUGAGUAAAUCCCAGGAGGCGGAUGGUGAGCUGACCAAGGUUCACGCUAGACAAUGCUGUUUACAGGAAGGCCAGGGGGUCUGUGACUGCACAGCUCGUGGGGUGAGACUCAUUCCGCAGACACUGAAACGGGACCAUGGAGUUUGUUAUUGGAAAGUAAGUGGUCCCACAUCUGGGGCUGGGCCCUCCCAGGAGGACCUCAGAGGCAGGCUUUUCUGUGCUGCCCAGUGGAGCUGCAAUAGGUGGCCGCUGGGUUGCAGGACAGACUGUUGGUCUCCUAUUGGGAAAAGUUUUGGCUUCUUGUGUGUCUUGGCACCUGUUAGGUGAUUGUGUGGCCUGGUGCCUGUCACUCCAUCCUCUUUGAUGGGACAUGCAGGAGCCUUGAGUCUUGCUUUUGUCUAAACCCAUCAGUCAUUCUGGGUCUCCCCUUUCUUGUUGCCAGUGCUGGGGCAGGGGGCAUCCAGGCUUUAGAUGUAAACACUGGCCACCUUCCUGUUGGCUUUUACUCCUGCUACUGAGACUUUGCUAGGCAGGUCUUUGUGAUGGACAAACUUUGUCAGGCUUUGGAGCUUCGCCACCUGCCUCGGGCCCGUCCUUCCUGGGCAGCUGCUACAUCUGCCUCUCCCCAUGCUGAGGGUGGUGAGCCAGGCCCCUUACCCCCAACCACCAGUUCCGGCUGCUUCUAUAGUGCUUCUGACCAGCCAUUGUCAUUGUGGGAGGGCCUUAGCACAUUUGGGGUGCUGUUCCCAGAGAAGAGCCAAGGAGAUGGCUGGGGUGGUGCAUCCAUGUGUGCAUGUGCAUUUGUGCGCUGUUUACACCAAAAGUGGAACUUUAGCUUGCUUUCUCCAUUUUCAGAAGUACCCUGUCACACUUAAUGCUCCUACUCAUAGAAGCCUUAGAUCUACAACUUAGCUAUGCAAAUUAUUUUAAUAAUUUAAGAAUAGCAGUUCCAACCUGUGCUUUCUCACCCCCAGAAUGGAUGGUGGAGGGACCAGUUGGAGUGGGCUCUCGGGUAGACGCUGGUGUAGUAGGACUGAAUUGGCCUGGGUCUCUGGUCUGCAGGCACACAGCCUAGGC